GUUGAUGUGGCUGCGCAGGCACUCGACACCAUCAGUUGCAGAAGAUCGAGAGUGCUAUAGAUAUGGUCUGUAUGCAUCACUCUCAAUGACUGUACCAUUCAUGUCAUUCUGUCCUCAAUUCCCCAUGAACAACCUCUUCUCCUACCACUGAACAUUCUCCGUGCCUCAUGCUUCCCUCUACCGCCCACUCCUUUUGAUUCGGACUUUCAAUCCACGGCUGCUGGCAGCCCAGCGCCGUCAAACUGGACAUGUUCCAGCGCCUGAAAGGCGCCAUAGACAGCCGCAUUGCCGAGGAACAGGCUCGCCAACGACAGGCUCAGUCCACCACUCAACCAGGGGCUCGCAAUCCCGCUCGAAGGCGGACUCCUUCUCAGAAUGCCAACUCCGAUAGACGUCCAUCCCGUCAAAGGCAACCCCCCGCGUCCACCUCCGGCCCUUUAGAAAAAGGCCCUGACCCCUCCGAAUUCGAACCCGAGUUUACAGUUGGGGAAGAUGACAGCGCUGUUCCAAGCAGAGUGGCAACUCCCAAACCGGAAUCCAGUGACACCAAGGCCAAUGACAUCGGCGUAGAUAAAGGAGGCCAAGGCAUUCCAAAAGCCCAAAAUGAACCCGUACAAGAACAUCCAGGGGCUGCGUCUCAAGGAGACAAGUCUCCAGAACAGAACACCGUCCCUACACCCUCCCCACGACCCUCAGAACUCCCGACCGAAGUCCGUGUCAAAUUACGCAAGCUUGAACGCAUGGAAUCCAAGUACGCCGAGCUGCUCAAAGCCUACAGAACUGCACAUGCCCGAAUCCAAACCGUCGACUCGUUCGAAGCCUCGUUAAGAGAGAACACCCCUUUGACGAGCAUCAGCGACGCCGGCGCCUUUGUCGAGUAUCUCUCCCAACUCAACCUCAAGACUGACAUGGUCCUCGAAGAACUUAAACGUGUCACCACAGAUAGGGAUGAUGUCAAGAAGAAACUAAAGGCUUCAGAAGAAGAUGCUGCUAAGUUGCGUGAUGAGGUCGAAGAUUUGAAAAGCAAGCCAUCUGUCGUAGCCGAGGAUCAAACACAAGUUGAGGAACCGGCCAACAACACCGCAUCCGAUGCUGUUUCUGCUCCUGAGCCAGUCAAGGAUGCAAGCGCCGAGGAUGCGGUGGUCAAAUCUCCCGCCUCAGCUUCGUCACGUCUCGCCAGCUUUUCCCUGUUCUCUCCCCGCUCCAAAGCUCUUUCACCUCCGACCCAAGAAACCUCCGAAGACUUCUUCUCCUUUGACUCGGAGCACGCCAGACUGGAAGCAGAGCUUCAAGAGCGCAUCGCCGAGGUCGAUGGCCUCAAAGACCAAAAUUCAAAGCUCCAAGGUGAUCUCAAAGUCGCUCGUGAGUCAACAGAAGGCAUGGUCCAGAGUCUGGAGACUGCUACACGUGAACUGAUCGAGCUCCGUGAGGCAAGGGACAAAUUUAAUGCAUCAGAGACAGAUCUCAGGCUUCAGAUCGAAUCACUGGAGACCAAAAUGAAGACAAGCAGUGACUCCGACGAUAACCUGAAGACAGAAAUCCAGAACCUCACGGGCCAAAAGGAUGAGCUCUCGCAAGAAAUGGAGGCGUUACAGCUGCAGAUUCACCAGCGAGACGCCGAACGUGCCACACUGCAAGAAAAACUGGAAUCGAACAUCAAAGACAUAAACAUUCUCAACGAGAAGCUGACGCAAAAAGACUCUGUCGUCAAGGAUUUGGAGGAUGCUAUUGCGGCUUACAAACUGGCCGAGCGAGAACAAGCCAACAAAAAAACAGACAAUCAAUCCAACGGCAAGAAGUUGGCGACAAUGCAAAAUCUCAUUGAUACCCUCCGGAGCCAGCUCACCAACGCCGAAGCCACGAUCACGAACCUCAAGACCGAGAUGCAGACUAACAUUGAUGACUUCUCCAACCGCCCCUCUACCAAAAUCCUUGGCUUCUUGGACGAAGACAACAGGUCGGGGCUGGAACAGUUGAACUCGCGUGACGAUGUGGUCAAGUAUCUGCAGACAAACUUUGGUCUACAGAAACAGAAUGAUGCCAAAUCAAUCAUGGCCGCACCCACAUCGACCGCUUCUCCCGCCCCGUCUGAUGCAGGAGCCUCUACAUCGAAGAAGAAGAACAAAAAGAAGAAAAAGGGCAAAGGUCCACAAACCGUGGCAGACGAGCCCGAGGCCGAUGUACCGAUCAAAGUAUCUGAGAACCUCGCCGAGAUUGAUUCGACCACAGCAGGCACCAAGAAAGAAGAGUCCACCAAUCUGGCCCAGCUCGAGACCGAAAUCCGACAGCUACGAGAGGAGCUCUCUACAAAAGAAACCACUAUUGAGAAACUGUCGAACAAAUUGAAGGAUCAGGAAGAGCUGCAAGAAGAGAUUGAAACAUUACGAGACGACCUCCUUCACCAGGGUCAAGAGCACGUAGAAGCUCGCGAUGCGCUCAAAACGGCGCAGACGGAGAAGAGUGUACUUGAGCAAAAGUUGGAAAGCGUCGAGAAGGAGCUCUCAGAAGCACGCAAGGCUAUUGCAAGCGGUGCAGACUCGGACAAGGCACACAAGGCUUUGAUUGAAGAGCACGACGACUUGCGAGCAAAGAGUUUCACCAUGGAGAAAGAUCUUGCCGCCGCAGAACAACUAGCCACCGCCAGGUUCAAAGAUAUCACUGACCUCAAAGAAUUACUCGCAAAGGCUCAACCUGAGCUUCGCAACCUACGGAAUGAGGUCGCAGAGCUAAAGAUUGCGAAAGACGAUCUCAAGAACAAGACUGGAGAGUUGAACAGACUUGAAGCUCGCCAUGAAGACAUCAAGUCUGAGCUUAAGGGGCUCGCUAAACGGCUGAGCGACAAAGACUCAGAGAUCAAAACACUCCAGCAAAAGAUCGAACAAGAAACCGCCGCCCGGGCUCGCAUAGAAAAGGAGCUCGAUCAAGCUCAGGCUGAUGCGCGUGCUGCCGAAGCCAAACGACAGGAGGCAGCCAGUAAUUCGGAAUUCCUAUCCAAGGAUCUCGAGAAAGCCAAAGGAGAGUCACAGGCCCUAAAGACUAAGCUCCGUGACCUCGAGGAACAAUUGUCCAAUCAUACACGGACCGUCACAUCCCUGCAGGAAGAGAUCACCCUCAAAGCUGCUCUACACUCGUCCACACAGUCCAUCGUCCAAUCUCUACGAGACCAGACCCACGAGUUGAACAUGCAAGCGCGGGAAUCUAGCACACGCGCCGAUAGCCUGGAAGAGGAGCUCAACGAAGCACAACGGAUGCUGACUGAGCGGACUCGAGAGGGGCAAACGAUGCGUAUGCUUCUGGACCAGAGCGAGACUGGAACAGAGGCCAGAAUCCGGGAGAUGAAGGAACGGAUGGAUGCUGCCUUGGAAGAACGAGACCGGGUGGAAGACGAAGCGAGUGUCAGCUCGCGACGCAUGAUGCGCGAAGUCGAGGAGGCCCGAAGUAAAGCCAGAGACGCGCAACGGGCGUUGAAAGUCUUGGAAGACGAAAAGGACGAGCUUGAGACCCGACAACGCGAGUGGAAGAAACGCCGCGACGAGCUCGAACAAACCGCCGUGCGUGCCACUAAGGAGGUCGAAGAGGUCCGGGCGGCCAUGUCGCGACUGCGCGAGGCGCUGGACGAAAGUGAACAUCAAGUCCGUGACCUAGACACGCAGAAGAGCGAACUCCGGAAAUCAAGCGAUGAGGCCAAGGAGCGGGUGGACAAGUUGACCAAGGCCAACAAAAACCUGACGGACGAGUUGAAGGCGCUGCAGUCGGGGGCCAAGAACCUUCGCCUCCCUGGUCGACCGAACACAGGCCUUGAUUCAGGUGUGCCCAGUUCGAGGACAUCCAUCGACUCUUCACACAAUGCUCGGUCACCGGCUCCGAAAGAAGCCAGUGGCGCAUUGGGCCCCAGUCGAAGUGAGACGCCCACCAAGGGUGGUACACCAGGCGUUGGGCUGAGUCAAGGGUCCGUCGAUUACGUCUAUUUAAAGAAUGUGCUGUUGCAAUUCAUGGAGCAGAGGGACAAGGGCCAUCAACGGCAACUCAUUCCUGUCCUGGGGAUGUUGUUGCAUUUCGACCGCAAGGACGAACAGAAAUGGCUGUCGGCCAUCUCGGCACGGUCGUGACCAUGACAAAGACUUAUGUACAAUAGUAGACCCUCGUGUAAUGUUUGCUUCGUCGCGGAGACAGUCUCAUGAGGACUCUCCCACGUAUACCAUGAGCAAUCCAUUCCGUGGCCCCAAUUCCUCUUUCUGACCAUUUAAAAAGGGUCCUCUUUCAGUUUCGCAUUGACAAUCAAGCCAUGCCUUGGGCUUUCUUCCUUUGAGCAAGGUGUCUCUUGAUUGUGGUCGACACACAUCGUAGUUGGAUGCAGACUUCUUGGUGUUCCUCGAUAGUUGUACUAUCGAUCCUCUCGAUUUGCUGUGUGUGCAGGGUAUUUGUCAGGGGAAGUUGAACGGUGUGCUCACUCAGCCCGGCUUCUGCGCCUCGCAGCAAUCAGGUCUUGGUCGGUUCGGUACUAGACACAAAUUGCUGUUCUCGAGAAGAAAACAAGCGCUGUGAUUCCUCCUGGAAAAGUCGAGAAACUUG